ACAGCACUGCUUCCCUCGUCCUUUUCAGGUAGACGCAGUUCUACAAAGAGCAAUCCUUACCAGACCCCUCUUUCAGGUGAAACAACCGCCUCACCCCAUUCCAGUGUGAGAAACACAUUCUUGAUGACAUCACAGGUGCCAAAAAUGACAACAUCCACAGACUCCACUCCAGGAACCAAAGAAGAAACAUCAACAAUUGGAAGUAAAAACACUGCCCUAGUCACCUCAGCAGGCUCAAUAACAGCUAUACUAGAGGGACAAUCAACAGCAACUUCGAGAACCUCCAAUCAGGAAAUAUCAGCUUCAUCUCAGAACCACCAGACUCAUGGCACGGAGACCACCAGGGAAGCUCAAACCACCACCCUUACCCAGAUGUCCACAUCACCUCUUUCAUCCCCCCCAAGUGUACACAAUGUGACAGCAACUGUUUCUCAGAAGACAGCACCUCCAGGCGAAACAAUCACCUCAUCCCCUGCCAGUGUCACCAACACGUCCAUGACGACACCAAAGGUGACAAGCUUCACAGACUCCACUCUUGGAAACAUAGGGGAGACAACAACACCUGUUACUGAAAGUCUCAGGCCAGUCACUUCAGCAGGCUCAGUAACAGGUGAGUCAGAAGGACAAUCAGCAGAAGCUUCCUCAAGGUCUUCUAUCCAGGGCACAACAGCUUUUUCUCAGAACCAGCAGACUCAGAGCACAGAGACCACCAGAGAAUCUCAAACCAGUGCCCUCACACAGAUGAUUACAUCAACUCUUUCCUCCUCCCCACGAGUACACAACGUGACAGGGACUGUUGCUCAGGAGACAUCCCCUCCAGCUGAAAAAAACAUCUCAUCUCUUUUCAGUGUCAGCAAUACACCCAUGAUAUCGAAGACUAGAACAAUGACAGCCUUUACAGAGUCCACUUUUAAUAACACUGAGGAGACAUCAACACCUGCAACUGAAAGUCCUACUCCAGUCCCCUCAGCAGCCUCUGUAACAGUUGAGCCAGAAGGACAAUCAACAGCAGUUUCCUCAAAGACCUCUGCCCGGGACAUAUCAGCCUUUUCUCAGAACCGCCAGACUCAGAGCAUGGAGACCACCAGAGAAGCUCAAACAAGCAUGGUCACGCAAAUGUCCACAUUAACUCUUUCGUCCUUCCCGAGUGUAUACAACGUGGCAGGGGCUGUUUCUCAGGAGACAUUCCCUUCAGGUGAAACAAACACCUCAUCUUCUUCCAGUGUCAGCAACACACCCAUAAUGACAUCAAAGACUAGAACAAUGACGGCCUUUACAGAUCCCACUUUUAACAACACCAAGGAGACGUCAGCACCUGGAAGUGGAGGUCACACUCCAGCCUCGAAGACCACACGAGAAUCCCAAGCCACAAGGUCCAUCUCCCCCGUGACUGACAGCCUCAAGACAGCCACCACCCCAGCUUCUUCCUUCACAGCCAGCGGACACUCGCCCUCAGAAAUUGUUCCUCAGGACGCAUCCACCGUAAGUGCCACAACAACCUUCACCCCAGCCCCCACCAGGGUUGGGCACACAGCCCAGGCCCCAACCACAGCACUGCAGGCGGCACCCAGCAGCCCUGGCGCCACCCUGGGGCCCUCAGGAGGCACAUCGCUUUCCAUCACAGGUGCCAUUCCUCCGACCACCUCUGUGGUGUCAACACCAGUGGGCGCAGAAGGACGAUGGACAUCAGCCUCUGCCAGCACGUCACCCAACACAGCACCAGCUAUCACCCAAACCCACCAGGCUCGGGGCACAGAGGCCUCUGGAGAAACACAGACCAGCCAACCGGCCUCCUCAGGGUCAGGCACCAUCGCAGCGGGCACAGCUACCCCUUCCUCAUCCAGGACGAGUGGCACAACACCUUCAGGAAGCCACGGAAUGUCCACCUCAGGCGAGACCACGCCACUCUCACCAAGACCCUCCAGGGACACUCACACCCCCCAGUCAACAAGCGAAUUGCAGUCCGCCUCAGCCAGUCCUGACGUCACCCCAGGAACGGGGUCCCCAUCAGCCAGUCCUGACGCCACCCCAGGAACGGGGCCUUCCUCAGCCAGUCCUGACACCACCUCGGCAAGCGUGGGAACGGGGUCCCCCUCAGCCAGUCCUGAUGCCACCUUGGCAAGCGCGGGAACGGGGUCCCCCUCAGCCAGUCCUGAUGCCACCUUGGCAAGCGCGGGAACGGGGUCCCCCUCAGCCAGUCCUGAUGUCACCCCAGGAAUGGGGUCCCCCUCAGCCAGUCCUGACACCACCUCGGCAAGCACGGGAACGGGGUCCCCCUCAGCCAGUCCUGAUGCCACCCCAGGAACGGGGUCCCCCUCAGCCAGUCCUGACAUCACCCCGGCAAGCGUGGGGACGGGGUCCGCCAUGGUCCCCUCUUCCCCCGCCCUGUCCCAGGUCCCCACCGCAGGGGCACCGCCAGGACAGGCCGGCCCCACCUCCCCCAGCCCCUCUCCUCGGGAGACGUCCGCCGUUUCCCAGGUGGCGCGGACUCAGGGGACAGGGGCCGGCCGAGGGUCUAACUCCGUCGGCUUGGUGUCCCCGGCGACCCCAGGUACCCCGCGCCAUGUCGCGUCUCCUGCUCCCUCCACCGUGGUCUCCAGCAGGCAGGGCCCUGCGGCCACAAGCCGGAGCUGGGUCGUCCACGAGACCGCAGGGGCGGCGGUCCUGACCCCGGUCCACGCCGGCCACGACGCCCUGACUGUGGCCACUGGGGCACCCGCAUCCUCAGUGGGUGUGUCAGGCAUGCCCAGCUCUGAACACCCUCCAGCCGCACAAGGGGCGUCCCCCGCGACCAACCCCACCCCCAGGUCCACGCAUAGGAGCUCCACAUCCAAGUACAGCGACGCAGCAGGUGCCACGCCGACGCCCUCUAUGUCCUCGGUCCACAGCACCCUGGAAACUUCCGCAGCAUCACAGCACCCCGAGGGCGCGUCUCCCACUCCACCAGCAUCACAGCACCCCGAGGGCGCAUCUCCCACUCCACUGCCAUCUCAGCACCCCGAGGGCGCGUCUCCCACUCCACCAGCAUCUCAGCACCCCGAGGGCGCGUCUCCCACUCCACCAGCAUCUCAGCACCCCGAGGGCGCGUCUCCCACUCCACCGCCAUCACAGCACCCCGAGGGCGCGUCUCCCACUCCACCAGCAUCUCAGCACCCCGAGGCACCUCAGCACCCCGAGGGCGCAUCUCCCACUCCACCACCACCUCAGCACCCCGAGAGCGCAUCUCCCACUCCACCAGCAUCUCAGCACCCCAAGGGCGCAUCUCCCCCUCCAUCAGCAUCUCAGCACACCGAGGGCGCGUCUCCCACUCCACCGCCAUCACAGCACCCUGAGGGCGCAUCUCCCACUCCACCAGCAUCUCAGCACCCCGAGGGCGUGUCUCCCACUCCACCACCUCAGCACCCCGAGGGCGCGUCUCCCCCUCCACCACCAUCCCAGCACCCCGAGGGCGCGUCUCCCACUCCACCGCCAUCUGGAGACGCGGCUCCCUCCCGUCACGCAAGCCCCGCUCGGACCACACUGAGUUUCUCUACCUCCCGCAGCCACUCCGCAUUCUCUCCAGCAGCCCCUGGCCCUGCUGCCAUGCCCAGCUCCACCACGCGCUUCACAGGCCACGCCACCCGGCCUCCUGCCACCAGUACCUCCUCGGCAUCCACAGCGUCCCCGGGCCCAGCUUUGAAGACGGAAACACCUGGAAUGACGACAGCCUCCCUGAAGACAGACCGUGGGAGAAGCACAGCCGCAUCACUGCCCCCAGCGGCCUCCCGAACCAUCACCUCCGCCAUUCCCAACACAUCCACAGCUGCCCCCGUCCCCAUCCCGUCUGAGAAAGGAGUUUCCCUCCUCCCCUACGGGUCGGGCGCUGGGGACCUGGAGCUCGUCAGGAGGACUGUGGACUUCACCUCCCCACUCUUCAAGCCCCUGACUGGCUUUCCCCUCGGCUCCUCUCUCCGGGAUUCCCUCUACUUCACAGACAACGGCCAGAUCAUCUUCCCAGAGUCAGACUACCAGAUUUUCUCGUACCCAAACCCGCUCCCAACAGGCUUCACAGGCUGGGACCCUGUGGCCCUGGUGGCUCCGUUCUGGGAUGAUGCCGAUUUCUCCGGUGGUCGGGGGACCAUAUUUUACCGGGAAUACGAGACGCUCUACGGUGAAGCCAGCCCGCUAGUCCUGCAGACCGAGUCUUGGAUUAGAAAGAUCACAAACAACGGGCACUACAAGGCCAGGUGGACCCUAAAGGUCACGUGGGUCGGUGCCCAUGCCUAUCCUGCGCAGUGGAGCCUCGGGACCAACACCUACCAGGCUGUGCUCUCCACGGACGGGAGCAGGUCCUAUGCCCUGUUUCUCUACCAGAGUGGUGGGAUGCAGUGGGACGCGGCCCGGCACGCAGGCAGCCCGGUGCUCAUGGGCUUCUCCAGCGGAGAUGGCCAUUUCGAAAACAGCCCACUGAUGUUCCAGCCAGUGUGGGAGAAGUAUCGCCCUGACAGGCUCCUGAAUUCUGACUUAGGCCUCCGAGGGCUGCAGUUCUACAGGCUGCACAGGGAAGAGAGGCCCAACUACCGCCUCGUGUGCCUGCAGUGGUUGAGGAGCCAGCCUCAGCGGCCCAGCUGGGGCUGGAACCAGGUCUCCUGCCCUUGUUCCUGGCAGCAGGGACGAUGGGACUUACGAUUCCGACCUGUCAGCUUAGGUCGGGGGGCCCCCGGCAGCAGGCAGCUCUGCGGCUUCACCUCCUGGCGAGGAGGCGUGUGCUGCAGCUAUGGGCCCUGGGGAGAGCUUCGUGAAGGCUGGCACGUGCAGAGUCCUCGGCAGUUCGGUGCCCAGGAACUGGAGCCGCAGAGCUGGUGCUGCCGCUGGAAUGACAAGCCCUACCUCUGUGCCCUGUACCAGCAGAGGCGUCCCCGAGUAGGCUGCGCUUCGUAUCGGCCCCUGCGGCCCGCCUGGAUGUUCGGGGACCCCCACAUCACCACCUUGGACGGUGUGAAUUACACCUUCAAUGGGCUGGGGGACUUCCUGCUGGUCCAGGCCCAGGACGGGAACUCCUCCUUCCAGCUGCAGGGCCGCACCACCCAGACCGGCUCAGCCCAGGCCACCAACUUCAUUGCCUUUGCCGCUCAGUACCGCUCCAGCAGCCUGGGGCCCGUCACGGUUCAGUGGCUCCUUGAGCCUCAUGACAGAAUUCGGGCGGGUCUGCCGUCCGACCUGGCUUCGUUUCAGCUGCCUCCCCGUGCUCCAGGCCCGGAGACGUUCAGCGCCCCCGGAGUCCUGCUGAGCCGCAGCGGCCCCGAGGUCUCGGCCAGCUUCGACGGCUCCGCCGCGGUCUCAGUGACCGCGCUCUCCAGCGCCCUCCACGCCUCCGCCAGCCUCCCGCGGGAGUACCGGGACCGCACCGAGGGCCUCCUGGGGAUCUGGAAUGACAACCCGGAAGACGACUUCAGGAUGUCCAACGGCUCCGCCAUUCCCCUGAGCAGCUCUGAGGCCACGCUUUUCCGCUAUGGAAUGACCUGGGAGAUCAACAGGACAGGCCUCCUCGGGGACAGGAACGACCCGCUGCCCCCCGGCUUCAGCCCUGUUUUCUACGACCAGCUGCAAACCAACAGCUCCCUGGAUGAAGAUUUGAUCUCCAGCUGCAACGGAGACAGAGCCUGCAUCUACGACGCCCUCGCCACGCGCAGCGCAGGCGUUGGACUUCACACCCUGGCGCUCCGUAAAACCUACGAGCGGGUGAACGCCACCGUCAAUCAGUACCCGCCCUCCAUCGAGGGUAGCCCUGUGGUUGAAGCCUACAAGGGGCAGACCGUGCUGAUUCAGUACACCAGCAAUGCUGAGGAUGUCACCUUCAUGCUCAGAGACAAUUGUACCGACUUUAAGCUCUUCGAGAAUGGGACAUUGCUGUGGACACCCAAGUCGCUGGAGCCAUUCUCUCUGGAGAUUCUAGCAAGAAGUGCCAAGACGGGCUUGUCCUCUGCACUCCAGCCCAGGACCACGGUCUGCCACUGCAGUGCAAAGAGCCAGUGUUUGUACAACCAGACCAGCAGGGUGGGCAGCUCCUCCCUGGAGGUGGCUGGCUGCAAGUGUGACAGGGGCACCUUCGGCCGCUACUGCGAGCGCUCUGCGGACGCCUGUGAGGAGCCGUGCUUUCCAAAUGUCAGCUGCGUUCCUGGGAAGGGCUGUGAGGCCUGCCCUCCAGGCCUGACUGGGGAUGGGCGGCACUGUGCCGCUCUGGGCAGCUCUCCCCUCUGUCGGAACCAGUCCUGCCCUGUGAAUUACUGCUACAAUCAAGGCCACUGCUACAUCUCCGAGGCUCUGGGCUGCCAGCCCUCGUGCACCUGCCCCCCAGCCUUCACCGACAGCCACUGCCUCCUGGCUGGAAACAACUUCACUCCGACUGUCAGCCUGGAACCUCCCCUAAGAGUCAUCCAGCUCUUGCUCAGCGAAGAGGAAAAUGCCUCCAUGGCAGACGUCAACGCCUCGGUGGCAUACAGACUGCGGACCCUGCACGUGCGGGCCUUUCUCUACAACAGCGAAGUGAACCCAAUCGAUUCCCCAGCACCGGCCUCAGAAAGCCCCGUUCAAUACUGGACGGUCACCUCGCAGUUCCAGUACCGCCCUGGGGGCCCUGUCAUCCACUUCCUGAACAACCAGCUGCUGGCCGCCGUGGUGGAGGCGUUCUUACACCGGCAGGUUCCACAGAGGCGUGAGGAGCCCAGGAGCGACGUGGUCUUCCAGCCCCUCUCCAGGGAAGACGUGCGUGAUGUGACGGCCGUGAACGUGAGCAUGCUGAGGGCUUACUUCACAUGCAGUGGCUACAAGGGCUAUGAGCUGGUUUACGACCCCCAGAGCGGUUUCACCUGUGUGUCCCCGUGCAGUAGGGGCUACUGUGACCAAGGAGGCCAGUGCCAGCACCUACCCAGCGGGCCCCACUGCAGCUGUGUGUCCUUCUCCAUCUACACGGCCUGGGGUGAGCGCUGUGAGCACCUGAGCAUGAAACUCGAAGCGUUCUUCGGGAUCUUCUUUGGGGCCCUCGGUGCCCUCUUGCUGCUGGGGUUCGGGACGUUUGUGGUCCUGCGCUUCUGGGGUUGCUCCAGGACCAGAUUCUCCUAUCCUCUGGACACGGAAAGCUGAGGCAUCACCUUGAAGGGGCAGCUGUGGCCUAGGAUACCUCAAGACCCACCCCGUCCUCACCACACACCUAAGAUGCCAUUGCUUUUGAGACUGGAAAAGGGAAGGUGACUGAAGACUGCUGGGAUUCUUCGAGGAGAAUGAAUACUGGGCCUCAAGACAAGACUGUGCCUUGUGGGUAGGCGCAGGGGCACACGGGGGGCCAUAAGGACCAAACGUGCAUGGAUGGGUCCUCACACGGACACACCCACACCCACAGGAGGACACUGGCCUGCGCACA